AUGCGGGCCGCGCCAGCCUGCCCACCGUUCGCUGAGCGGCGCCUGCCCCCAUUCCCGUGCCGCGGCGCAGGCAAGCUCGCCGAGGCGAGCAACACCGUCAACGGCGUCGUGCUCAAGUCCGCGGAGCCGUCGGACGCCGCCAAGCCGACAAAGCACUGGCGGCUCUACGUCUUCAAGGGCAAAGAGGCGCGCGGAGGAGAGCCGUGCUUGCGCGCCUCGUACCUCCUCGGCCGGGAGCGGCGUGUGGUCGACCUGCCACUCGACCACCCCUCCUGCUCGGGGCAGCACGCCGUGCUCCAGUUCCGGCUGACGGCAAAGAGCGACACCGGCAAGCUCGUGCGGCCCUACCUGAUGGAUCUAGGCUCCACCAACGGCUCCUUCAUCAACGGCGAGAAGAUCGAGCCCGAGAAGUACGUCGAGCUGCUGCCGCAGGAUGUGCUACGGUUCGGCUACUCCUCGCGCGAGUACGUGAUUAUCAACGCCGACGUGUGA